GAUCCAGCCAUUUUUUACUCAAGAAUUAGAACCAGGCAGCUUUGUAGAGAAAAUACAGAAAUUUUGCCCAUUGAGCAAGAUAAUGGGUUGAGUGAUGAAUCUUCAGAUGAGGAUGAAGAGGACAUGGAGGAUGUUGAGUUUGGAUUACCUGACACAGGUGACAUUGAUUUAGAUGUGCCAAAUGAACGUACUGAUGAUGUCGUGAUGGACGACAGGAUUGGAAACGAGAGUAUCACUGAAGAGAACAGUGUGGUCAUUGAAGUUCCAAUUGGUAAUUUAGAGGUUAUUUAGGAUCAGUCUGCCCUUCCAUCAACUUCCUCAAGCACUAGGAGAACUACUCAAGCUUCCCAGCCCUCAAGACGAGUUCUCUGGACUAUGAAAACAGACAGUUCCCCUUCACCAAUGCCAGCUUUCAUCCCUAAUGAUAAAACCUCAAACACCUAUGACCCAGAUGUAUAUUUAGGACACCCGAUAUGGUACUUCAAGAAGUUUUUCACUCCAGUUAUCUUAGAUGAAAUAGUUCAUCAAAGUAAUUUGUAUGCAACACAGAGAUGUGAACAAGCCACUUAAUCUUAGUAGGGGGGAAUUUGAACAAUGGCUGGGAUUACUUAUUCAUUUCACUAUAAUUAGAACUCCUCAAACACGACUCCAUUGGUCUGGGGAAUUGUUUGGCAGGUACAGAGAUUACACUACUAUGGUCAUGAGCAGAUCUAGAUGGGAGACUAUAAAAUCAAACUUACAUAUUCGGGAUAAUAAUGAUGAGGUAAACAAUAAUAAGCUUUUCAAGGUAAGACCAUUGAUAGAUCAUUUGAGAAAUAAGUUCCAGGAACUUCCAAUGAAACAGAAUAUCUGUAUCGACGAGGAGAUGGUGCCUUUCAAAGGAAAGCAUAGCAUGAAAUAGUACCUACCUAUGAAGCCCAAAAAGUGGGGAUUCAAGCUCUUUGUACUUGCAGACAGUGGGGGUCUUAUUCGUGAUUUCAUUCCUUAUACAGGGUCCAUUCAGCCUGUGAUUAAAGAAGGUAUUCCAGACCUUGGUGCAUCUUCAAACAUAGUCUUGCACUUGGCUGAGACAAUACAAAAUAACAGGAAUCACCUUCUCUAUUUUGACAAUUGGUUUACAUCUGUUCCACUUAUAAAACACCUGGCUGAAAGAGGUAUCUGGUGCUGUGGAACGGUAAGGCCAUGUCGGCUUCCAGGGCUAAAGUUAGUAUCAGAUACUGUCCUAAAGAAGAAAGGUAGAGGCACAUUUGAGGAAUGGAAGUCAUCUGGUGAUGGUAGUCAGUUAACAGCAGUCAAAUGGCUUAAUAAUAAAGGAGUGACCUUGCUCUCCACCUUUGCUGACAGCCAACCAACUCAUACUGCACAACGUUUUGACAAAAAAAUGAGGAAAGUUAUAGAGAUCCCACAGCCGAACAUAGUAAAAUUGUACAACAAGAGCAUGGGUGGUGUAGACCUGGCUGACUGUCUGUUAUCAUUGUACAGAAUUCCAGUGAGAUCAAAGAAAUAUUACCAUAGACUAAUCUUUCAUAUGAUUGACAUGUGCAUUAAUCAAGCUUGGUUGCUCUACAGAAGAGAUUAUGAGACAACAGGGCUUUCACAGGAGAAAAAGCAUUCCUUACUGUCCUUCAGAAUGUCUGUGUCCGAGUCACUCAUUAGGGCAGAAAAGUAUGUGCCUAAAAGAGGUCGUCCAUCUUCAUCUAAGAAGACAGCUGAUCCACCCAAGAAAAGGCGUCAACAGAUGGGUCAGGUCAGACCACAGAAGGAUGUGAGGUUUGACAAAGUAGGUCACUUCCCUGAAGCAAAAGAUCCUAGUUUGUACUGCAAGCGACUUGGUUGUAAGGGUCGUACAAACAUCAGGUGCAUGAAAUGUAAUGUCAGUUUGUGCCUAAAUAAAAAAAAACUGCUUUCUGCAGUUUCAUACCUAAAACAGUACGUACGACUCUCCCCCUUUCUUUAUCCCUCACACUUUCUAAUGUAGAGAGUUAAUAGGGAAAAAUUCAAGAAUUUCCUUUUCUUUCAUAAUUUUUUUUAAAGUUUCAUAUUAUCAUAAGAAGAUAUAUUUAUGUUUAUGUAAUAAAGCUAUUAUUCA